GAAAUAUAAAGUUUCUUCAUUUAUUGCAGGUAUUGAAGGUUGGGUUCUAUGAGGUGAGACGGAGAAAAGAACUAUGUAUCUCAUUCUAUCUUUAACGAUUUGUUUCCUCCACUGGAAGAUUAGUCUCGGAGUAAAUGCUCCGUCUUAUUUAACUGCUGAAGAGUUGAAUAUGGCUAGGACCCUGAGUAUGGUUUACUACAGACCGGAGAAAGAUAUCCCUGUUUGUAGAACAGAACCUAACAUCCUCCAGAUCUUUUCUCUGUCUUCUUUGUCUCCUUUGUUCCGUACUACUUCGCCAGAACUUAGAGAAGAUCUCUACCCUGGACGUAGAGAAGAUAUCCAUCUUAAUCCAUCAGAGCAGAGGGCAGAUAUCCAUCCUAAUCCAUUAGGUUGGAGUUCGGAAAUCCAUCCUAAUCCACUAGAACGGAGUAAAGAUACCCAUCUUACUCCAUUAGAGCAGAGAACAGAUAUCCAUCCUAAUCCACCAGAAAGUAAAGAUAUCCAUCCUAAUCCAUCAGGACGAAGCAAAGAUAUCCAUCCUAAUACAAAAGAGCAGAUUAAAAAUAUCCAUCCAAUUCCAUCAGAAUGGAGUUCAAAUAUCCAUCAUAAUCUACAAGGACAAAUUGAAGCUAUCAAUUCUCAUCUAUUAGACUCGAGUAAAGAUAUCACUCUUAAUAAACCAGAACGAAAAGAAGGUAUCCAUCCAAAUCCACCAGGCCGUAGAGAAGAUAUCCAUCCUAAUCCACCAGAAAAAAGUAAAGAUAUCCAUUCUAAUCCAUCAGGACGAAGCAAAUAUAUCCAUCCUAAUACAUCAGAGCGGAGAAAAGCUAGCCACCCUAGUCAACCAGGCCAAAACGGAGAUAUCCGUCCUACUCCUCUAGGGCAAAGUGCAGAUCUCCGUUAUAAUCCAUCAGGACAGAGUAAACCUUUCAGUUCUAGAUCCAGGAUGAGAAGAAGUCUCGUAAAAACCUAUUCCCCCUGGCUGACGGAUAAGAUUCCAUACACAAUGAGCUCUAACCUUGGUCUGGGAGACAGGUUAACGGUCGCUAAAGCUAUGCUAGAGAUUGAAUUGAAAACCUGUGUUCAAUUUGUAUUAAGAGAACAUCAGUUCAACUACAUCGAAAUAUCCAGAGAAUGCAAGUGCGGGAGCAGUGACUGUUCCUUUAACGGAGCUUAUGCUACAGUUGGACCUAGCGAUAUUCCUGGUAUACCUUCUCAACUAAGAAUUCUGACCUGCUUGUCCCCUUUGGACCAUGACGCAGUUCGUCUUGUUCUACAUGAACUUCUGCACAGUCUGGGACUCCUGCACACUCAUACAAGGGCGGACAGGGACAUGUUUGUCAGGGUAGAGUUUGAGAAUAUACAGGUGGAUAGAUGGGUUCAGUUUACCAAGAAUCCUCUUCAGAUUCCUCUAGGUGUAGAUUACGACUGUGAGAGUAUCAUGCAUUAUAGAGAAACUACCUUUAGUAGAGGAAAGACGAAAACCAUGAAGGCAGUCAACCCAAGAACUUGCAAUCUCAGGUAUAGGUAG